GUAUCACAUGAUCAGUUGAUCCGUUUAUAAUAACAAAAUGGCAGAAGUCGGAGAUGAAAACACACCACUGUUAAAAAACGAUACUCCUGGUGAACCACCACCAAAUUAUAAUGAUGCUGUAUCACAGAAUGUCACUGUGCCACCAAUUGCACCAAAUGAAUUACCUCCACCUUACACACCACAAGGUGGCCUACCGAUGAUCAACUGUAAAGUUUGUCAGGCUUUAAUAAACAUAGAAGGCAAAACCAAUCAACAUGUAAUUAAAUGUACUGUCUGUAAUGAAGCGACGCCUAUUAAAGCAGCGCCACCUGGGAAACAAUAUGUAAGAUGUCCUUGUAACUGUUUACUUAUCUGUCGCAGUGGAGCUGCUAAAAUUGCUUGUCCACGACAACAAUGUAAAAGAAUUAUCCAUCUUGGAAAUCCUGUUCCCAUGGUAACAGUGAGAGCACCAGGGUCAGCAAGAUUUGUUUGUGCAUACUGCACUCAAGUAUUUGUGUUUAAUCAAGGAAGUGCUUUGCUAGCCAGAUGUCCAUAUUGUAGACGGGUGUCGACUGCUGGAAAUUCCUCUGUUAGAGUGAGGGCAUGGAUAUAUUUGAUAGCUGGACUGAUAUUUCUUGGUGCUGGGAUAGGCGUUACAGUUGGUACAUAUGAGUUAGCUUCAGAAACUGGUGGUAUAUAUGUUGCAUGGAUAGGAGCUUUUAUAUCGGGAGUUCUAUUCCUUAUACGAGCUGGAUAUUUGUUUUCCAUUAGAAUGAGUGAAUAUGCACCACCACAGUGAAGACAUACAAUGACUGUCAAUUCGACCAAUUUAUUCAUUUUGCAAUGCAAAGCCAUACUUAACAUUUUGAUUUAUUCAAAAUUAUAUAAAACUGUGAUUAACAUUAUUUUUCACCUAUUUAUAAGUGUAUGUUAAGUGAUUGUUGUAGCUUUUGUCUCGCAUAUAUUUCAAAUGCACAUUCUAAAGUUAAUCAUAUUGAAAACUAAUACUGUAAAUUCAGAAUAUAUUACAUGUAUAUAUUUUUGUGAUUUUGUGAAAAAUGAGAGACUAAUUAUUGCAAUGUUAGAAAAAUCUGUUCACUUAUAUAUGUAUAAGAUAUCAGAAUGCAAUUUCUUAUUAUUCCAAUACUGACCUUGUUGCAUAACGGGUAAUAAAAACCUCACAAUAAUUUCUGAAUUUACAGUAGAUAUAUGUUGUAUUAUUACUUAAAUAUUGACUUAAAAUUAUCUUCCUUGAGAAUAUGUUAAUGCUGCUUACAAGUGCUAUGUUUGAAAGGUUGAUAUAAGGAAGUGACAAACAUGUUUUUUAAUUACAAACAAAAGUGAACCAAAGCCAGGGUGGAGUUCAAUAUCAUAGCUGCUACGUAGUACUAUGUAGAUUUUGACUAUUGAACGUGUAGCUAUACACUAACUGCUACAUAGAUAUUGAUAGCAGCUAACAUGGCAGCUACGUAGCUGCUACGAUAUUGAACUCAUCCCUGGUGAAUCUGUAGUACGAUAAAGUGGAUAUCUUGGGUAUGCAGGGUUGUUAUAUGAUAAAGCACAUUAAAUGUAGAGAGUCUUAGAAUUUUUUUUAAUUGUUUAAUAUAAUUAUUUGUUCAUUGUCAAGUUCACUUAGAAACAGAUUAUUUAUUUGUGAAUUUGAAUUGAUUUGAGAUAUGUGCAAUCCAUGUUUGAAUAAUUAUUUUUGAUAACCAAACAUUCCUUUUAUUAAUGAUUUUUGGUCGUAAACUGUCCCAUGUUUACUGUUGAUGAAAAUGAUCUCAGUUAUUAUAACAUUUCAAAACACCAUGUACGGCUCAUUUGUAAUGUUCUAAAAAAAAUUAUACAAAAGUCCAGAUAAGCUGCAUUUUGCUUUAUUUAUUCAAUAAUAAAAUUUGAUUAAAAAAAACUAUUUUUAAAACUAAAGUUUUUAAUGAUCUUUUAACAUUUGACCAAAAAUAUAGGGUUUAUUGGCAAAUAGUGAGAAUCUUUUCCAAGUAAACUGUACAAUUAACAUUAAAGCUGAACUGAAAGAUGAUAAUACAUAAGACUAUCAAGAAAAAGUUAAAGUAAAAGAAUUUCUUUACCUAUUUAGGAAACCAAUAUUUAAGAUUUCUUAUUAAGUUAUCACUGUAAAAAAUUGUAACCUGUAGUAAAAGACAACACAUGAUAUAUUUACAUCAAUUACAAAGUACUUUUAUGUAUCAUACUUCAUGUUUUUUAUGUAAUUAUUUUUUUAUCUAAUCAUGCAUUUUCUUUCAACAUCAAAAUGCUCAGAUAAUCAUUUUUUGCUGUUGAGUGGUGACGAUUUAAAAUAUACACUUGUACAAGAAUAAAUUUACUGAAACACACACCUUCACCAGUCAAUGAGGUUACAGUCGA